AUGGCGGCAGCAGCACGAUCACUCAGCACCUGCAUAUUUUGCAAGAUCAUCAAGGGCGAGAUCCCAAGCUUCAAGCUCCUCGAGACAGAAACUUCGUUCAUCAGUUACUCAUUCCUUGACAUUGGCCCCCUCUCCAAGGGCCAUGCUCUGAUCAUCCCUAAAGACCACGCGGCAAAGCUACACGAGCUCCCAGAUGAAUACCUUACGGACGUGCUCCCUAUCGCGAAGAAGAUCGCCACUGCACAAGGACUUGAGAACUACAACAUCCUCCAGAAUAACGGCCGCAUCGCACACCAGGUUUGUCGUCGACCACGUACACUUCAUGUCAUUCCCAAACCUGAUGCGUCAGAUGAGGAGGGGCUCGUUAUUGGAUGGCCCGCGAAGUCUGACGUCAUGGAAGAAGUCAAGAAGUAUCACCAGGAACUCCUUGGAAAGCUAUAA